GCUCGGGCUUCCUGUCCCCAGCCUGAGAGCUCCACUAUGGUUGCUGGAGGGGGACAGUACAUGACCCAGCGCUGGGAACGCUGCUCUUCCUGCGCAGAGCAGGACAGGAGAGCCAUGCUGCAGGGACACCUUGCAUCACACGGACCAGGCCAGCCCGAGUGUUCCUUGACAGCCCAGGUGAUGGGAGCCGUGUUCCUGUUCCACAUGUUGGUCCACCUGAUUGCUGUUACCAUUGACCCCGCCGAAGUCAACGUGCGACUUAAAAGCUAUGCCCAGCCUGUGCCGACCUUCGACCGGUCCAAACAUGCACACGUGAUCCAGAACCAGUACUGCCACCUGUGUGAGGUCACUGUGAGCGAGAAAGCCAAGCACUGCAGCUCCUGCAACAAGUGCGUCUCUGGAUUCGACCACCACUGCAAAUGGCUCAACAACUGUGUGGGGAGCAGGAACUACUGGUUCUUCUUCACCUCUGUGGCCUCAGCCCUGUGUGGGCUAUUCUGCCUGAUGGUCCUCCUGCUGUACGUUGUCAUCCAGAACUUCGUCAACCCCACCAAGCUCCGCACGGACCCCCUGUACAAAGAUGUCAGGUCUUCCAACCAGUGGCUGCUGUUCCUGCCCCUGUGCCCCGUGCAGGUGAAGACCCCCGUGGUCUUCUUCAUCCUCACAGUGGUGCUGCUGCUGGGCUCCACCAGCUUCGUGCUGCUCGGGCACCUGCUCGUCUUCCACCUCUACCUGAUGGCCAAGCACUUGAGCACCUUCGAGUACAUGAUGCAGGCCCGCUUCCAGCAGAACCAAGUGCCCACGAGGCGGGAAGGGCUGACUCUGCUCAAAGAGAAGGGGCGUCCAAAGGUAGGCCUGCCUGGUGGCACCCUCACCCAGGGCUGAGCAAACUCAGGUGUGCUGUGUGGCAGGACCUGGCGGCCGUGCCCCUCUGCCCACCUCUAGGUUGGUGAGUGUAUAGUAAUGGUGUGGCAGGGCAUGUGCUCUGUGGUGUGUUACUAUGGAGUGGCAUGUGUGUAACGUGUUCUGUGUAACAUGGCUAUGGUGUACAUGGCAUGGGUAUAUACAUAUUAUGGUGUAUGGUGUGCAGCGUGUGUGUGGAGUGCAGUGUGGUGUGCAUCAUGGCGUGUGGUGUGCAGAAUGCGUGUGGUGUGUAAUAUGACAUGUGAUGCACAGGUAUCAUGGCCUGUGGGGUGUAACAUAGCAUGUGGUGUGCAGCGUGGUGUGUGGGGUGCAGUGU